AUGGGUUCAAUAAGCCUUUGGAUGUUCCUGGUCCUGACGAUUUGCACCUGGAAUAAAACCAUCGGAUGCACUUGGAUGAGUACACAACCUCCGCCUCGGAGCAUGUUCCAUGUGUUCAGCAACUACACCAUAACGAUGCUUGAGAAAAUGGUAGGAUACGGUAAUGUUUAUUCACUUGUAUCUGGUCAUUGAGCUGUUAUCAUCUUUUCAACUUUUCAUGUGCUGCUAUUUUAAUUCAAUUCCGUUAUUCCUUUAUGUAUACAGUAAUAAUAAUGCAAUCUUUUGUUUCUAUUUUUUGGCAUCUCAGGGUGAUGAAGUCUCUCCAAAAUGUCUGAUGACUUUCCCUUACGAGCUAUAUAGACAGGUCGACAAUUUCAAUGUAAGAAAAAUGCGUAGCCUACACUCUUAGAAAAAAUAUGUUUUGUUUCUAUCCAGAACCUUUUUUUCUAAUAGUGUAUAUAAUGAGGUUUUAACGAAUAUGCUAUUUGCUAUAAUUUUCUUAUAUUUGUCCUCAAUUCCUAAGGCACGUACUAAUACCAAUCACUCUUCUUCUAGGCUGACGACCAGAUUGCCUUCAUUUCGCAAACUCUGAACAAAAUAAUGAAAUUGUACAGCAGUGAUAAAUAUGAGUCCACCGCCUCGGACCAGAUAGGAUUUUACAAGUCGUUUAUGACACACCUCGAACGCCAGACCUCGGAGCUGGACAGAUGC